GCAACAUUGUACGGAAGUUCGACAUCGUGGGAUCGAAUCGUCUCCACUGGCUAUGAAACAAGGACGUCGCUGGCUGCUACAAACGCAGCUCCUUCUUUUCCUCGCGUCUACAGCGACUGCCGAAGAAUGCCCGUACCCGUGCGUAUGUCACGUGAACGCCGACGCGGCGCGGACGCUGACAGUGGACUGCAGGAACCAAGAGCUGUUCGAGGUUCCUCUCGGCGUCCCAACCACCACCUCUCACCUUGACGUCAGCCAUAAUAACAUUCAGUUUGUGAGAGCCGUGGAUUUCCCUAAUCUCCCUGUCCUCACCUACCUGCAGCUACACACAAAUGAUAUUUCGGACAUUGAGGCAGGGGCAUUUCAGAAUCUCCCAUCGUUGGAGGCACUGACUCUGCAGAAUAACUUACUCCAGAGCCUCCGACCAGGAACAUUCACUGGACUCUCCAACCUCCAGUUACUGAACCUCUUCAAUAACUAUCUGGCAGAGCUGGACCCAGACAUAUUCAGUCCACUGAACAACCUGGUCACACUGAACCUGGCGUACAGCAGUCUUGAAGAUAUCAGGACAGGCACCUUUGCCAACUUUUCUCGUCUGUUUGACCUGUGAGAUAUACAUUACUUUUGUUCCUUCUCUCUUUCCCUUCUCUUCUCUUCUCUCUCUCUCUCUCUCUCUCUCUCUCUCUCUCUCUCUCUCUCUCUCUCUUUCU